AUGUUAGAUAUUUGUCUGGUACCCAGGGUAUUCAAAAGAAAUGAUUUAAUCAGUACUGCUGAUAGUUUUAAAAGUUGGGACACAUGUAUGGAUAACAAAGCAUGCAAAAUUAUUGCAAUAGUUGGUAUAGUUUUAGCUUGUGUAGUAGCAUUAUGGCUAAUUGGUGCGGUUUUAACAUGUUUUAGACAGGGUGUAACGGGAAUAGCACAGUUCUUUUGUUGGUGCUGUCAAUGUAGGAAUUCAGAUAAUAGGAAUAAUCAACCUAUGCCAACAAAUGACUCCUACAAUCCAAAUAGAAUGGGGAUGCCUCCUGCAACAGUAAUUUAUCAGCCUAUACAACCUCCACAAAAUGUAUAUUAUAAAAGUAACAAUGAAGAUUUCUAUGAAGAAAAAUCACCUCAUGACGUUUAUGAAUUGGAACAAGACUUUGAUUUGGAAAAGCAAAAAAUGAUUUCUAGAGAGAAUUCAAUCAGGCGCAAUGUGAAAAAGGAUCAACCAACAAGGAUGCCACCUAAAAUUUAUGAAAGUGAUGAAAACUCUAAUCAAGUGGGUUCGAUGCCGGGUGCUUUUAGUAGUAAGGAUGCCCUUAUGCAUAACGGAAACUUUUCUUCAGAAUUUAAUAAUGAGAGUAAUCAAGCUUACGGACAGCAAUUUGGUACCAAUUAUAAUCCGCCAACUUCUUACAACGGAAGAUAUGGGGAUAACAACCAAUCAUUUUACGGCAAUGGCAUUCAGAAUUCUGCCCAGUAUGGUUCACCUAAUCGGAUGCCUUAUCCUCAAGAUGAUGAUCAGGUUAGAUAUAACUACUAUCCAAACGGGAGGUAUUAA